CUCGUGAGGCGACGAUCGCGGCCCGUGCUCCAAGGACAAAUCGACGAAUCCUUUUGCGUUGUACGCAUCGCCUCUUCGGAGCGACGACGCUGCGGGAUCCCCUGCAGUCGCAACGCUCCCUGUUUGACGUGCGCGUCAUCUUCCCCUCGCCACCCUUCUUCCUCGCCAAUUCAGCCCAAGGAGCUGCCAUGGCGGACAGUUUUGAAGCUCUAGUCUCACUACCCAAAUUCUCCGUCCACUCUUCACCUCCCUUCGAUUCCGUCCACCCCGAGCACUUCCUUGGCCUUGCGCAGCUCCCUGCUGCAUCUCCCCGGCCAGCCGACCACCACAUGGCGCCACCGCAGGUCGCCGGGAACGCGGCUGCCCCCGCCAUGCCGCCAUGGACACCACCGCCCUGCUCGUAUCUGGCAAGCUCCGGUCGCCAUUCAUCUGCACCAAGUGUGUCACCACGACCUCCUUGUCUUACUGAUCGCAAAUAUACGCACCUUGGCGCCGGCAAGCUCAUCGUCGGCAGGAAUGCAAGUGAGCUCAAAAGCUGACUGCAAGGUGCUCGACUAAAUGCCUGACACGGAACAAUACUAAAGAAUGUGCAUAGAUCACUACAGGCUACUCAUAUACGUAUAUGGAGAAACAUGCAUCUGUACCUUUCUGAAUUGACAUUGUUUCUACCAUGCUGAAUAUACAUAUUAAGAGAAACUAUGUUCCAUUAUAUGAAUAGAAACAUCAACGCAGCCA